AUGUCCGGCCUCAGUUAUGCCACUCAAGCUAGGAGCGUGGCCGUACCUGGUGUCGACGCUGUUCUCGAUGGGCAGUUAUAUAUUUCUAGUCUAUCGUGUGCGAAAACUAUCGACCAGCAUGCAUCAUUUUCACAUCUGGUCUCCGUGUGCUCGGACCUGCCUCGCCGGAACGAGAACCACCUUAUAAUCCCCAUACAAGACACCGAAUAUGAUGAUAUACUUGACCACCUCAAUGCUGCAUGCGAUUUUAUUGACCGCGCGCUCGCGUCGGGAGGCUGUGUUCUCGUGCACUGCGUCAUGGGCGUCUCCCGAAGUGCCACCGUUAUCGCCGCAUACCUAAUGAAGCAACGCAAAAUCACACCAAGCGAAGCUCUUGCUGUCAUAGCAAAGCGGCGACCGCAAAUAUUCCCGAAUUACGGUUUCGUCAAGCAACUACAUGUCUUUGCAGCGUGCAACUAUGCGCCGGCAUCUACGCACCCAGCAUACCGCUCAUGGAAGCGUAGGCAGAAACAGGAUGUCACUCAAUUCCUCAACCUCUGCCAUGAUACAGUACUCAUCGUCCCAGGGUUAUACUUGAAUAGUAAACUACCAGAUGAUGCGGACCAAUUGCGCUGCCUUGCGCGCUAUACCGGGCUUAGUCAUCUCCUUACACUAUCACCGGCCGAAAUUGACUCUGACAUCCCAACUGUCGACCUCCACCAUGUCGCUAUACCUUCGAAUGAUCGCUCAGCACUUGUUUUCAGUCUGUCCGCAACAUGCGACUACAUUCAAAACGCCUUGAGUAGCAUGACAGGCCGCAUCCUUGUUCACAGUCAGACUGAAUCCAUCGCAGCUCUAGCCGUCUGCGCAUUCCUGACGCGCUCUCGGAACUUGUCAGCACAAGCUGCUACACAGAUAGUAACGGAUGCCUUACCACUAUUCGAGGCAUCGUCAAACUUCACCAGUGCCUUACAAGCAUUCGUUUCCUAUGAGCAUGCAAAACUCAAGGCGGUAGCGGCGGCUGUACCCGUUCUCGGGACCGCGAACGCGGUGAUGUCUGCAGCCACUGCUACUGUCACCACCGUUGCGUCGACCUUGACAUCCGCGCCUACUAUGGGGCUCGCUACUGGACACCGAGUCCGUCAUUCGGUUGAGCUGGCGCCUGUUAGAAUGGCUGUGCAGAGCUGA